CAAAUCGAUUUCAACAAACUAUAGUUUCGCAGAUUUUGGCCACCUUUCGUGUAAAAGAAAACACAAAGAAAACCAUGAAAUUGCUGGACGCCGACUGCUGAUGCGAUCGAGACCAGAACCGCGGGCAAGCGGAGCACACAGUGACCCCCACAUCCAGCACAGAGGCAGCCAGGCGGACCGCACAGGAGCACAGGGACAGGGACAGGGAAAAUGCACGCCGCAUCCAUGACGACGGUGGAGGGCCUGCUGCAGGAGUUCUACCAGCCCAGCACCUCCAAUGCCCGCAAGCGGGAGAUCGAGACGAACCUCCUGGCCUUCAAGUCGCAGCCGGAGGCGUGGCAGCUUUGCCUGCGCGUGGCCACCACCUCGGACAUCAACGAGAACCAGUUCCUGUGGUUCUUCAGCACCUCCACCCUGGAGCACACCAUCACACGGCGAUGGACGCAGCUGACGUCCACGGACAAGACCUUGCUGCGGGAGGCGCUCUGGAACUCGUACGCCCAGCUGGGCAGCACACCGAACGCGGCCAAGCGGCAGAGGGACACUCUGGCCCAGCUGAUAGCGCUGGUCGGCAAGAGGGAGUUCCCCGAACAGGACCCCAACUACAUGCAGCACUGCAUGGAACUGACGAAGACCCGCUUCCAGCUGGGCAUCAACCUGCUGAGGAUCACCUCCGAGGAGGUGGUGAGCAACAGGGGCGACCUGACCACCGAAUGGAAGCAGUACUUCUACUCCUGCAUCUCCAUGUGUAUACCCGAUGUCCUGGACCUGGUCACCAAGUAUCUACUAAUCGCUGUGUGCCACAUCAAUGGCAAAGACAUCCAAACGACCAUACCAAACACCCUCAUGGACUUUAGUCUAACCUCAGCGCUGCCAAAUGACAAUCAAUUAAGUUCCUCUAUUUUGGAGCUGCUCGGCUGUGUGCAGCACUUGGUCUCCUGGAUACGCACUGAACUGAUCUCGGAGUACUUCCUUAUGAGCAUACUCGACCUCUCCCAGUGGCGACCCGCCCACGAACCCAUCUCCCUGGCGGCCCUCUCCGUCCUGAACGAGCUGCUCUACCUUCAGAAGCCAUUGCCCUUCGCGGGCACCUUGAUGGGCGGCGUUAGCAGCCUGCUGGAGCAGCACAACAACAACCGGCGGCAGAGCGAGAUGUACAGCGACAAGUUCCGGGAGCUCCUGCGCCUCUACACCACCAAGUAUUCCGGCAAGCUGAUGCAGGAGCCAGAGAUGCUGGAGACCUUCCUCAACCUGCUGUACGGCUGCACCACAGAAUUACACGGUGCUCUGGACUUCACCGAGAAGCUGGAGAUCUGGACGCCCAUCAUCAAGGGCAUUGCCCAGCAGCCCGCCAAAAUCACGCGCUUCAACAACGUGCUCACCCAGCUGGUGGAUGAGAUCAUGCGGCGCACUCAAUUCGAGGCCAACAAACCCGAACUGGAGGUGCUGGACAACGAGCUCAUGGAGGACGAUACCUCCGCCACCGAGUGGCAGCAGUUCCUGGACCAAUGCUUCGAGUCGCUGGCCCUCCUGGCCAACACCCGAGGUGCCCACAUCGUCUUCGCACAAGUCUACAACCACUGGUCACGGCCGCAGAUGUAUUUACUGUCGCUGGAGCACGCCCUGGACCACGGAAGCGCGCGCAGCUAUGAGGCGGCACGCAAGCUCAAGGGCGCCAAUGUGGGCGAGAUUCUGCGCGACUUUGCCACCGUCUGCCAGGCGGUGGUGCGCCUGGCCCCGCUGAUGGACACCUCGUCAGCGGCGCCCGGGGUGGCCGACGAGAUGGAGUGCCAGCUGCAAAUGCUGUCCGACAGCUUGCUGCAGACGCUGCAGCUCCUCGCCAGCAAUCGUCUGGCUAGCGGCGGUAGCGAAAUGGACAAGGCCACGUUCCAGACUGAUUUGGAUAACCUAUACGCUCAAGUUCUGCUGGCCAUUAGGAGUAUCUUUCCGCUAACGAAGGCCAUGAGCGGUGAGGAGCUGCUGCAUCGCCUGUUUGCCAUCCUGGGCAGCAUCUUCGCCUGCAACGGAUCCCUGUCGGCCGCCUCGCCCAUUGUGCAGCAGGCGGCCAGCGAGCUGCUGCUCUUCAUCUCGACUGUGAUACGGCCCAAGUGCCUGCUGGAUAUCCCGCAAAUUCAGAGCCUCCUGCAGGCGGGCUCCCGCCUGGGCGCCCAACUGCCACGCCAGGUGUGCAUCAACGUGCACAUCAGUCUGGUUAGCUACAUGGUGCUGCCGUGGAAGAGUGUGCCGGAGCAGCAGCAGGACUAUCCGCGGCGCCUCUGGAUGCUGCGCGAAUAUGUCCAGGGGCUGGCACAGAACUUCCUCGAUCUGGAUUUGGGCCAGGCCAACGAGAGCAAGGUGGCGGCCACCACGCUCAGUCUGCUGGGCACCUUUACGGCGCUCAUCGAGUACUUCAAGGCCACUGGCGGCAAUGCCAAGGAUAUGCUGGCGAGCACAUUCAAGCCCAUUUUGACCAAGGCCCUUAUGAUCUUCAACAGCUUUGGCCUAAGCAGCAUUGCCAUGGCCAUCACGGUGGCCGAGUUUAGUCUGAGUAUGCUCCGCACAUUGCCCACUCAUUUGGGCGCCCAGUUCAUCAAGGAGAUGAUCACUUUGUUCAUCAGUGUCAGCAGCAGGGAACAACUUACCCUGAGCCGACUAGCCGUGAUGGAAAAGAUACUGCAGAUGUUCAAGCUCAUUGUCGAGCAGCCGGGCAGCGCUUCCUUGGGCCUACUGCCCUCCAUUUUGGACUUCAGCACCCAGCAAAUUCUGCCUCUGCUGCAGCAGCAAAACGCGGUCACCGACAACAGCGAGAUCACCAGUCUGUUAUACGCCUUGUUUGAUAGUGUGCUCACCUGCAAGUGGCAGUUCUUCUACAAGAACCAGCUCUCCAAUGGCCACAGUGGUGGCGGCUCCGGCAACUUCAACUGCAGCGACAACCUGCAUCCGGCGCACUUCAUGGCCAUCCUGAACGCGUACGGGCAGAUGCUGGUCAGCGGAACGGAUCCCAGCAAUGUGCGCAGCGUUCUCUUCUCGAUGCAGAACGUGAACGAGCGGAGUCGGCUGUACCAGCGUGCCCUGUUCAAGGAGCAGCUCCUGGCCUCCUUUCAGCGGGCGCUGCUCAAUCUGCUGUUGAGCGGAGAGGGCUCCCUGCACUUCGACAUGAUUGCCCAGGCCCUGUAUGCGAUGGGCCAGGUGGACCGACGCCAGUUGCUCGAGAGCUUUGCCCACGCCUCCUUGCCGGUGGCGCAUACGGCGCUAGAGGAGAUCUGCCAGACAAGUGACAUUCCAACGUUUACGCAGAAACUCACGCAGCUCAUGCAGGACGCCCACUGUGUGCAUCUCAAUGAGACGGCGUAGGCCCCGCCCCGUUUCUCCCCAGCCCGGUACUUCCACUGCCCCCAUCCUCGUCCCUUUUUUAAAAACUGCAUCCUUUCGAGUGCUUGCGUGUAAAUAGAAUACUUUAUUGUUUUAUGUUUUGUAACUUUUAUAUGUACUUUGCUGUCGCUUCUCGUAUGCCAUAUUUUCCGUCACUGUUGUGUCAUUUUGCUCAGACUUAUUUUCCCGUGACCCGUGACCCGCGUCCCGCGUCCCAAAGCCCCUGUAUGCGACCUAUGUGUGUCCCACCAGAUUGCGUUUGGUUCUUUGUCCGUGCGAGGUUGUGUUUCUGAUCAGAUCGAACUGCAUUCAUCCCGAUUGAUAAAAGACAUUAAUUGUUAAUUGAAAACAGAAAAUGCUUAAGUUUAAAGGCAUCUUAUCUCUAAUUUUAUGUUUACCACGUAACAUACAUACGAUUACUCUGCUUUCUGUGCUGUCACCGCAAAUCGAUAAAAGUCAUACCUAUAUCUUAGUAGCAUAUAUACAUAUAUAUACAUAAAUUAAUUAGCAUAUAUCAAUAUGUAAAUCCGUUACGUCAUAAGCAAGUAAAAGUAUCAAGUGAAAAGUAAAACACGGGAAGGAGACGAACACCCAGCCACACAUUCAUGUAAUUUAUUCUGCGAAAGCGAAACAACACCACACACAAGUCCAAGUCGUUUUAACUUCGUUGUAAUGAUUUGAAUUCAAAUUGCUUAAGUCCCUUCAAUCAAAAAUUCAAUAAAACUAUUUUUACCAUUUUA